GUCAUGGGCGCCGCCGCAUCGCCUUGGUGAUUCAGUGCACCGCCUUGCCCGCUCAGCGGAUUGGUGCGGCAGACGUACGCGGACGCGACGCGAGGCCCAAAAAUAUUCCACUUGCCUUGUCUCCACUCCUCCUCGCUGACCGCUGCGGUGCAUGCUCCUUCCUUUCCCUUUCCUUGCCCGGGUGGAGUUGAGUAAAGUAAACGCGCCAGAGAACCUUCGCCUCCUCGCCGCAAAAUUCAGCAAGCAUCCGCAGUUCCGCUCGACCAGAUCGCCCGCUUUUCCCCUCUCUCCGAUCAAUCCGCAGAGCACGCGCGACGUUCCGGUUCUGUUCCAAGCAUCGGCGAUGACGGCGUCGUCGUGGGCUGCUCCGCCGCCCGGGUACCCGCAAGGGCACGGGUACGGGCACGGCAACCAGCAGCUGGCUGCGCCUCAACCGCAGGCCACAGCCGUGCCCGCGACGGCAGCGAGCAGCGGCUUGGGCAAUCCCUACGUGGUCGUCACCCCCGCGGCCGCGGCGUCGUCGUGGGCUGCUCCGCCGCCCGGGUACCCGCAAGGGCACGUGCACGAGCAAGGCAACCAGCAGCUGGCUUCGCCUCAACCGCAGGCCACAGCCGUGCCCGUGACGGCAGCGAGCAACGGCUUGGGCAAUCCCUACGUGGUCGUCACCCCCGCGGCCGCGACCCCGUCCACCCGCCAGUCCAUCAUGAAGGCGCUGGGACGGUACGGCAAGGUGCUGGAGGACGGCACCCGCAAGGCCGCCGACGCCUCCGGCAACAUCUGGCACCACCUCCGGACGGCGCCGAACAUGGCGGACGCGGCGGUGGCGCGUCUGGCGCAGGGGACGAAGGUGUAUGCGGAGGGCGGGCACGACAGGGUGUUCCACCAGACGUUCGGCACCAUGCCCGGGGAGCAGCUCCGCAAGGCCUACGCCUGCUACCUCUCCACCUCCUCGGGCCCCGUCAUCGGCACGCUCUACCUCUCCACGGCGCGCCUCGCCUUCUGCAGCGACAGCCCGCUCUGCUACCAGGGCCCCGCCGGCCAACCGCUCGAGUGCAUGUACUACAAGGCAAUGCUUCCCCUGAACCAAGUGAGGUCAGUGAACCCUUCUGCCAGCAUGCGCAACCGGGCGGAGAGGUACAUCCAGAUCACCACUACGGAUAACCACGAGUUCUGGUUCAUGGGGUUCGUGAAUUACGACAAGGCUCUCAAGAAUCUCUACGAAGCCCUGCAGCACCGCGAUGUCCACGGCCACCACAGCAGCUGAUUAAGCUUCGGUUUGAUCAUACAACUGUACUGUACUUCUUUCGUGAUGAACUGUGACCAUCUCUAUCUCCAGUUGCUCUUCUUGAAUAAGAAAGACACUGAGAAAUUCUGAA